AUUGUGAACAAAUUCUCGAGCGUCGAUUCCGCGUCCCGCAUUGACAAAUACGACUGCAUCGUAUGCGGAUCUCGCCACGAGUCGGCAUACUGUGCGCUUCCCAAAAUCAUGUGCAGCACGUGCAUUGGGCACGGGGAGGCGGAAGCGUGAAGGCGUGGAGGCUUCACGCGAUCCUCCUCCUCGUCGAGAGCGUCGAGCUGCCGAGCGCUCGUCGCUGGAAAGCCCCCCGCUCGUGCUGCGACUCCGGCAAGCUCCAUUCAGCAGGGACCUCGCCUGCUGGGAUCGGGUGCGGCGAGUGCGCGCGAUCCGGCUGCGAUGCCUCGUGCAUGAAAGUGCGCGCCCGCUGCCCGGGGCCUCGGAUCGUGGCAGCGGAGUGCGAACUUCGAGGUCGGGGCCCUGACAAGUUGAUCCACAGGACAGUGCGAACUUCGAGAUCGGGGCCAUGAAACGUUGCUCCACAGGAUCUGGAAGUACCGUCGGUGCCAAGGUUCGCCGGGGGGCGGCCGCAGCUGCCGCCGCCGCCAGCUCUGCUCCGGAGCCCGUGGGGCGCAUCGCGGGCUCCGCGACCGUGUGCAUGUGGUAGGAGUGUUCGUCGGCGCGGGGGCGGGUGAUGCCCGAGCCAAACGCCAGCGGGCGCAGGCCGUGUGCAAAGCUCCCGCCUUGAAGGCCGC